AUAUUUUGUACAAAAAAUGUUGAUGUAGUCAAUCUCGGAUGUACAUAAGGAACUUUGAAUCUCUGUGUACUAUACUGUACAUUGUUCAUAUACGCACAAUGAGAAUGUCCUCCGGGCGUCCGAUCAAGUGUGUGGUGGUGGGGGAUGGUACGGUAGGGAAGACGUGUAUGUUAAUCUCCUACACUACUGAUAGCUUUCCAGGAGAAUAUGUUCCAACAGUGUUUGAUAACUAUUCUGCUCCUAUGGUCUGUGAUGGAGUUCCUGUGUCCUUGGGUCUUUGGGACACAGCCGGACAAGAAGAUUACGACAGAUUGCGUCCGUUGUCCUACCCACAGACGGACGUGUUCUUAAUCUGUUUCUCCGUGGUGUCCCCGUCCUCGUUCGAGAACGUGACCUCUAAGUGGUGUCCAGAAAUAAAACAUCAUUGUCCGGAUGCCCCAAUACUUCUAAUAGGGACAAAAAUAGAUUUAAGAGAAGAUAAAGAGGCGUUACAGUCACUAGCAGAUAACGGGCAUGCACCAAUGAAACGGGAACAAGGGCAGAAGCUAGCAAACAAAAUCAGGGCUGUCAAGUAUCUAGAGUGCUCGGCACUCACACAGAGAGGCCUUAAACAGGUAUUCGAUGAAGCUGUAAGAUCGGUGCUUCGACCCCAGCCCGUUAGAAAACGACAGAGAAAAUGUACACUGCUAUAAACAAACAAAAUAACAUGUACAAUACAGCGCACACUAUACAGUGUACUAAAUUAUCUUCAGAAAGAAGCUUAUAGUACAGUUGUGUGUACAAACUUACAUUAACAAACAAACAUCAUACUGUAUACUCCAGUACAUCGGCACAAAUGUGUACGGAAUAAACAAAUAUGAGUUGUGUACAUUGGACACUGUACAGUACAGUACAUCACCAGAAGGACCAUAAGAAAUCUCGAGUUAUGAUAGAAAGGCAGUUGUACAGCUUAUCGCAUCACAUACAAGAUGCCUUUAACAUAUUAUGUACAAUGUACAUCGUACAAAGAGGAUGAUAUUGAACGUAAAUCUUGAUGGUAAACUGACGUGCCAUUCCUUCCUUGUUUAAACAGAUCAGCCCCCUCUGAGCGUGUGCUAGACCUAACAAAUUUAUUUAUACUAUACAAAUGUAAUUUCAGAAGCGUACUGCAAUUAACAGCUAAAAUUAACUUCCGUUUUAAAAAAGUUCCCUUAAGUUUUUAUAUAUAUUAUUAUAAUGAUAUAAAAAAGGGGAAUUAUUAAUAUUUAUUAUGAGGAUAUUUUUGUUUUAUUAUAGAGUUUGAAUGCUAAUACUGGUGACUUGUUUUUGAGUAGCCCGGAGACCAUUAUUCUGUUGCCAAAAUAAUUUGAUUUGAAUUAAAAAUCAGAAAUAGUUGAUUGUAAUCAAAACAGUUUCAACCCAUCAAGAUCUCUUUUCGAAUUGAUUUUUAUAUAAAAGCUCUUUACACGGUUGUAAGUUUAAGUUAAAAAUCAAUCCCCCCUCCCCCCCCUUUUAUUAUUAUUUGACCCUCAUGGGUCACAUUGGCAACAAAACAUGAGAUUUGUCAUUUGAUGUUAAUUUUCUUUCAAAAUUAAUUUGUCUUGUUAUAAAAUCUAUGAAUCAUUUUAAGUAUCAAAAUUGCCUUAACAGUUCUAUUACUUAUUUAACCAUCUUUUAAAAAUAUAUUUAAUUAUUUAA